CAGACACCUUCAAGAUUGGUUCUUCACCAUUUCCUGCAAUUACUUUCACCAUCCUGAAUCCACCUCCAGACCAUCCUUCUUUCUUUAUGGAAACCUCCAUGCUAGAGUGAUCAUCAAAAUGCUGGUCAUCUCAAGUGUGCGUGGAAGAAGAACAACAUGGAAGGAAAAAGAAGGAAGAGAUUGGCCGUGGCCUUCAGCGACCGAAUGCGCGCGCCCAAUUCGCAAUUCCCGCCAUUGGCAGCUCAUGGGAGAUUUCCGGAUCAGCGACGACGGAAGACAAAACGACAAAAGCGAGAUGUAAAAAAAAAACCAAAAAAAAUGAAAUAAAAUAUCCAACCACGUCUGUCGCAGUAUGUGUCUGCUCACUGUAUCAGUGAACGCAUCAGUGGUAUACAUAGUAAUAACAGUCGAGUGGGUGCUUAUGAGCUUCCUGGCUUCACAAAGAGUUCGUCAUUUUGGCUUGUGACUUACGACUCUAUUAGAUUCAGUCUAGACUAUUCGGCUGUAUUGAAUCCGACGCACAGUUUAUGAUGUGUAUACGUGGUGGUCAUUCGAAAUCAGUGCGCUUAAUAGCGCACAUUCGACCGUCAUCACGGUCCCGUGCUGCUGCAAGUCAUCCGUCGCAUUCCGCGCUGAAUCCACUUCGCUUUUGGGCAUUUUCGCAUUUCUUCAUCUUAUCGCACGUGGACGAAAUUAGUUCUUCGUUCCGCUUGUCGAAAUAUGCGACGUGCUAUAUCCUUGAGCAAUGCGUUGAUUUCCUGGGUAGGGAAAUAAAAACGUUAAAAUCGAAUCUAGAAAUAAAUUUUGGAACAGCAUUAGAACUCGCCCUACCGACAGAAAAAAUUUGAUUGUCGAAAACAAAAGCGAAUUGUUACCGCACGGUGUUGGUUUGAAGCGUGUCACGUUCCACGACGCCUAUCGCCUCGUUGUUAUCGACACGUUCCCUUCAUUGUUCAAAGCUGAUUGCGCUUGUUAUCAACAGUAAUCGUCACGUAUGCAAAAACUCUAGUUUAAAAACAAAAAUGCGAAGACGAAAUGGAGAGAAUAUGGUCAUGGUUUCGAACACCAGGAUCGUUCCCUAAAUCUUCCCCCCUUACGUAAAGAACGCAAAAACACGCAUUAGCUGAUAUUGCUGUUGUUCGGGUUGAUGGUUGCGGCUCGCGGGAGCAACACGCCUGCGCCCGCGUCAAUAUUUUCAUCGAACGACAAACGAGCAACCGACUACAGACUCGAUCUGGUACGGAGUGAAGCUAGUAGCUAGUCAAGGUGGACACGGAAACGAAGGCAUCCUUUCGUCCCAUUUGUUUUUAUCCAGCGAUUUCCAAGUCCGUUCUUUUAUUAUUAUUUGUGUGUCCGCUGAAUUCGAAAAGACGAGCGAAUGAAAACAAUAUCAACGCUUGACGUCAGUGGUCUUUGAAAGCGAAUGCGUGAACGAAGCGCGCAUUGUGCGCGCUAGGCAAAAUUGAAUUCUCCGCGUAUUUCUUUUCUUUUUUGCCUCCAACUGUUUUUGGGUUUAGCUGAUUGAAUGUUACGACAAGUGCUCCAACGACCGCAGUUCGAAAGGAUCCAGUGACCGAAAUUCAAUUAGACGUUAAACAUUUUGGGUUUGUUGUUUGCGACAUCUGUCCCGCAAUCGAUUGUUUGUCCUCUCUUUGCUCGUCGUUCUGUACCGAAAAGAUGAAGCUUCGCCGCCCAGCGAAGACACCGUUAGUCAUCUUGUGUCUUGUUCUGCUCUUCACAUUCUGGAUGUUGUCGAUUGUCUCGACUUGCUACGUGGAAUCUAACGGAAUGCGCUAUUCCAGAGGGCCCUUGUCCGUGGCGGAAGAGGUGGAGGGCCGUGAAAACGACGAGAAACGGCUCUUAAGGCACUUGAUGCGCGGCUACGAGCGUGAUGUUCGACCAGUCAAAAACGCUUCAACUCCAGUCGUCAUCCAGUUGAGCAUCACACUCACUCAAAUCUUCGACAUGGAAUGGAAAGACGAACUUCUGACGUGGGAUCCCAACGAUUUCGGCGGAUUGAAGAUCAUGCGGAUGCCGUGCGAAAGGAUUUGGCUGCCCGAUAUCGUCCUCUACAAUAACGCCGAUGAUUACACGCGGGGCUACAUGAACAGCAAAGCCAUGGUCAGCUAUGACGGCAACGUCUUCUGGCCACCACCAACCAAGUUUCGGAGUACUUGUCCUGUUGACGUCACUUAUUUCCCCUUUGACGAUCAGACGUGCGUCAUGAAACUCGGCUCCUGGACGUACGACGGGUUCCAGGUGGACGUAACCAAUCGGACAUCUGAGGUGGAUCUCACCAAUUACGUACCCAAUGGCGAAUGGGAGUUGCUAGAAGCGCGACUCAUCCGCAAUGUCGUCUUUUAUAGUUGUUGUCCGGAGCCAUUCCCCGAUUUGACAGUCACGCUCAAGAUCCGCCGAAAAAUUCUUUAUUACAUGGUCAACGUCGUUCUACCCUGCGUCAUGAUGUCCGUCCUGACGCUGCUCGUGUUCUGCCUACCGCCGGAAUCGGGUGAGAAGAUCGCGCUCGGCAUCACCGUCCUGCUGGCCUUUUCCGUUUUCAUGCUGGCCAUUGCGGAAAAGAUGCCGGAGACGUCCGAGUCAAUUCCUCUUAUUGGAAUUUAUCUGACUGCCGUGAUGGCGAUUACUUCCAUUUCGGUGGUCAUGACGGUGAUCGUUCUCAACUGCCAUUACAAGGGCCCAACCGCCAAGCAAAUUCCUCGUUGGGUGAAAAGAUAUAUGCUGAAAUCGAAUGUUGGCAGGUUUAACGAUCAUCAUCAGAAACGUCCGACGGCGCAUUAUCAAGCGUUUGAAGAGGCGGCGGCAACAGCCGGCGCCAAUGCGCCCGUUGUCGUUCAGAGCGGCAAUUGUUUGGGCAACGGAUGCCGGCACAAGAGCGUCAUGUCUAGCAGCUCCGCCAGCCGAGAAAAUAUCCCAUCCGCCGAAUUUAUGCACAGCGGUGGCGUUGCUGGUGAUGGCGUCGCCGAUAACUAUCGAGGUCUGCCCAAUACGGCCUCAUCUGUUUCCACAAUCCCGAUGACCCUCAGCACUUCCGCCAACCCCCAGUCCUUCCGACUCCGCGUCGCCGAGUAUUCCGAGGAACGAAAACGCAGUUUUGUCCGACUCAGCCGAAAAUAUCGUCAAGCUCAACAAAGCAAAGGAGCACAGACGGAAAGCGAAGAUGAUUACGGAGAGGCAAGGCUAUCCAUUAGCGUGCCUACAUCCAGCCUACCUCAUCCUACGUUAUCGAUGCCCAGUGUAGGAGACACUGCGUUGGAAUCGGGCGGCCUUUGCCAGUCUUGUCGACGAACUGGCGGAGUGGGUGGCCCUGGGUGUGCUAAGACUAUUCAUCCGCCGUACGCGUUCAACAUGUCAACAUCAAACAAUGAUCCAGAUAAUAUGAUGCGCUACUUUUUCGACCGGCAAAAGUUCACCGAAGAGGGUCAGGCGGUUGUGAUUGAAUGGCGUCAACUAGCCGCUACUGUCGAUCGCAUCUUGUUCUGGGUAUUUUGCGUCAUGACUUCGGUUUCGUCAGCUCUUUUUCUCAUUAUCAUACCUGGAUACAACCGAGGCUGGUUCAAUCCUAAGCCUCUUUAAGUAAAUAGCUUCAUCAGCAGUUGAAUAUAUAUGCGCCUUUAUCCAUCUUGAAUUCGGCGUCCUUACGGAGAACGUUGGCGACUCAUUUCAGGCCACAACUACGAUGUGAGCGAAGCUUAUCAGUUUAUCCAACCCAAACCAGGGUGAUGUUCUGUAUACAGAGUGUGUGGGUGUAUAUCUGUGCGUGAGUGUGCAUUCACUUUGAUUUUGACUUAUGGCUGAAGACCUCGUUUGAGCAUAAGAGGACUUUGCCUCUUUGCAAUACUUAAAGCAGCGCGCCACAAGGGUACAGUCACAGCAGUAGCGAUUGAUAGAACGGAAAAAAAUGUAAAUGUAUUUACGUAGCUUGAUCGCAAAUAAUAAUAAAAAUAAAGUUUGUUGACUCACGA